UGCGUUUGGAUGAUGCAUCUGCAAGGGUGCCUCGUCGUGGAGCGCAAGGUUGGGCGGCAGCAGCGGAAGGGGACUACGACGAAGACUUCAUGGCGGAGGAAGAGCAGGCGACCACGUCUGCAGUACGGAAGAGCGGUCGGCUGUGAUCUUCUGAUCACAACGGUCCGAAGAGGAUGCUAACCCCUUCACACGAGGCGCAGCAACUGAGUGCCCGCGAAAGGCGGACAGAGAAGGCUGUCGUCGUCGAUCUUGGCGUCGAUGAUGACGAGUCCUUGGAAAAACGUCGCCUACGCACUCAUGCAACAGCAACCCCACCGCCGGUGUUGGUGGCACGCGCUGUCACGGGUAGACUACCCGCCACACCGUCGGGGGAAGUCGUGGUAGAGGCGCGCGAAGUUGGCGGCGAGCCGGCAGGUGCUGCGGGUGCGGGUGCUUCAGGCAUUGUGGCCCCCGUUGCGACGGCGAGAGAGGAAGCAACAGUUGUGGUGACUGCGAGAGAGGAUGUGAGUGGCGAGAAGAAAAUCGAUCGGGAGGGCGGCGAGCCCGGUUCAAGCCGGGUACGUAGGGGAGUGAUGACGAAAGACCUCAUCGAUCGUGCCGUCCUUUGGGUUGAUCACAAAGCUUUCCGGACGACGGGGGAGGGGCGAAGACUUUACAACAUCGUCCACGAAAUGAGAGAGUACUUAGUCGCCAUCGCCAGCGGACUUCCACCACCUGCCGUCCCUCGGAGCGUCGUACUGCCCAAAUCCAGCACGAGGGUAGCCAGGGUCGCCGACCAAUCACAGCUGCAGCAAGCGAUUUCCCGUGCGGCGACAGUGGAGAACAUUGCUCUCCGCAUCUUGCACGGCUGGGUAUUCAAGUCGGGGAACCGCCCAAGGGGAUACAAUGUGGCUUUCCAGUACUCGCUGGAAUGCGUAGCGACAGACAUUGUGCGUGCUAUGUGGUACGGCGAGGAGUGGUGCAACGUUGUCAGUCCAGUGGUUUGCGCGCAUACGAUAGAUCAGUCUAUGGACUUGCCACUGUGGUUCGCUGGCGCCAACAUCGAGGACAGACCGGACGACGAUGACAUGGUGGCGCACCAGGAGUCCACUGUAAUCAGCGUAGCGCAUGCGUUCCGCGCGGUGAUGCAAAUGGGUGCGCUCAUCGACGGUGAUUUCAUCUCGCACGAUCGUCUUUGUCGGGUGGCUGACUGCUUCAGGCUGUUGUUGGCGGCGUGCAUGUGGAUAAUGCGCAUGGCAGGAGACGAUCCGUGCAACCACUACGAAGCUUUCUAUUUCGCGAGCCUCGUGGCAAAGCCCACACUCGUCGCGGCCAUGCAUCGCUCCUUCGAUCAUUGACGAUCCGUCGUCCACGCCGCAAAUGUCGUCACGGA